UUUCGUUUCCGCCCCCUCCACCGGCCAGUGGAAAUUUUAUUAAAAGGUGGCAACCCUAGCAACUACAUUGCUGGUAAAUUUGUAAUACCGGCCACAGUAUUGGCAGGUGUUUUACUGGCUAUGGCGGUGGCAACCCUACCUGGCAACCCUGCCAGAUAUCUCAACCCCAAGAGGCUGUUUCUCAGAACCAUUUUGGCCACUCCCUGUUACGCCUCUGUCCAUCCUGUUUCCUAUCUCCAACCAAUGAAGCCGGUAUCUGAGGCUGAGGGGGAUUUGGGAGGGUAUUAAACCUUUUCAAUGGCGUGCUUGCAGUUUGGGUGCAAAUUAUAAGAAGCAGGCGACGUGGCGAAAAAAAAGUUUAUAUGUACGUGUGUGUAUUUCAUAUGUUACUGGACCUUUUCAUCACUAUUUGGUAUGAACUUGUCAUCCCUGAGACUUUCUAUCCACUACUCUUCACUAUCACCUCAGCGCGACUGAAAUCUGUAUGGGACUGUCUAUCCAGUCAUCUCUAUGGUUAAAGGCUGCAGCGCUCUAGCCAGCGCCGCCGGAAGUUGUAUUGGUUCAGUCAAUGCCGUGGUGCAGCUUGGGUAGCAGCUGUCCGUCAUGGCUUCCCGUGCCCUCUGUGUGUGUGUCCGCGCUGCUCUCCGCCCCCUCCCGCGACGUUCUUUGCCGGCUCUGAGCCUCGCUGCAUGCCGGUCACGCUCAACCUUGACACGGCCUUCCACGACUGCUCCUAUACUCGUACCCCAGGUUUCCACCUCCUUACUUCAGUUAUGCCGCCAGUAUGGAGACCUCCCUCCCCUCACGCUGGAGAACAUCGCUGAAAGGGUUUUAUACGUUUUGAAGUUGUACGACAAGAUUGACCCCGAAAAGCUCUCUGUCGGCUCCCAUUUCAUGAAAGACCUUGGCUUGGACAGUUUGGACCAAGUAGAGAUAAUCAUGGCCAUUGAAGAUGAGUUUGGCUUUGAAAUUCCAGACGCAGACGGAGAGAAGCUGAUGACACCGCAGGAGAUUGUAGAUUACAUUGCAGAUAAAAAAGAUGUCUAUGAGUGAAGUACAAAUGUCAGUCUACUUGUUCAGUAAUGCUCUCUUUCUGCCGGUAGCUCGGAUUUGGCGCAGUACGACCGCGCCUGCAUGUCGUGGCACCACAGUUGCCGUCACCACUUCUUGCAGGAUCCUGUAUUUAAAAAUGUCUGAAUAUAUGGUGGUCUUUAAUGUAAAAAGGAAAAAAGAUUUAGUUUUAGGUUUGUGCUUUUUUUUUUUUUUUUUCCACCCCUAAAAAAUAGCACCGAAUAAAAACCUGUUGCCAUUUC